AUGCGCCCUGCCCUUUUCGCCCUGUUGGCUCUGGGGCCUGUGUCCCCGGCCAGCGGCCACCCGCAUUCCAGCAGCGAGGCGACCGACGUCGUGCCCCGCAGCGUGACCAGCCUCCAGUACCUCGACAAGCUGCCCGAUUGGACCGCAGAGCAGCGGCACCUGCUGGACAUUGGCUUUGACGAGGCCAUUGACCUGGCCAAGUACGCGCGGUGGGAGCUGCUGCCGCCGGGGAAGAGCCAGGUCAACAAGAACUCCAAGAUCUUCAAAAAGUACUUUCGGGCAGAGGACGUCGAGACCGUGCUGGGCGUCUUCCAGUCCCUGCUGUCGGACAGCACCACGGGCAGCGACCGGCUCCAGGCGAUCCACUUUGGCAACAUCGACCCGCAGGCCGCCUGCGAUGCCGUCCGGUCCGGCGACCCGGUGCCGCCGGGCACCAUUGCCCUGUACACGACGCCGUGGACGCUGCACGCGGCCGACAAGGCCAGCUUCAUCUUCGUGUGCCCCGUGGUCUGGCAACUGGGCUACCCGCGCACCAUCCACGACAUCCAGUGCGAGGCGACGUGUGCCAACGCGGCCAAGAAGGAGUGCUGGCCGUCGGCACGCAUGGCCACCUACGGCGGGCUCAUCCUGCACGAACUGAUACCAAAGGGCCUGGAAAGCGGCAUCUUCGACGAGUCCUUCAAAGACACCGAUGGCAAAACCGUCCUCGCGUACGACAGCUAUUAUACGCAGAAGCUCGUCAAGGGUGCUGAAAAGAGCAAGGCGCUGUACAACGCCGACAACUAUGCCAUGUUUGCGAGGGAGGUGUGGUUCACAUUGAAAUGCCCGUUGAUCAAGUACAAGGACCCCGACCACUGGGAGUCGACCAUUCCCAACAACCUCAAGCCGAAGCCCAAGUCCGCCGGCGUCGGGGCGGGGGAGCUGUGA